GUUGCCCAUGUAAAUAAACAGGUUUAGAUAUUUUUUGUUUGUUUUUGGACUGUAUUUAUACUGAAACAUUGUGCCUAUCUUUAUAUUGUAUACUUGUAGAAUUUAGAAACAUGACUUCGAAAAAGAUGUGCAUUAUCGGCGCCGGGCCGUCAGGAAUGUCGGCGUUAUUCCAGUUUGCAAAGCUUGAUAAAAUGCCCGAUGUUGUCUGCUACGAGAAGCAAAGCACGUGGGGUGGACAGUGGAAUUUUACGUGUAGAACAGCUCUUGACGAAUAUGGAGAACCUACUCAUAGCAGUAUGUACAAAGACCUCUGGAUAAAUGCACCAAAAGAAAUAUCUGUAGAAUAUCCCGACUACACGUUUGAGCAACAUUAUGGUCAACCGGUCUCCUCCUACCCUCCGGUCUCAGUUGUAAGGGAUAACUUGGAAGGUCGCUGGCAAAACGCAGCUAAUCACGAUCUUAUAAGAUAUAUACGAUUCAACACUGUUGUCAGACAUGUUCGUUUCCAAGACGACAAAGAUAAUUUUCUUGUCAUAACUGAAAAUCUCAAGAUUCGAGAGACGAAAGAAAAUGAAUUUACCCACGUGAUUGUCUGUAACGGUAUCUUUAAUGUUCCAAACAUGCCUUAUUUCACCGGAUUCGAAGAUUUCAGUGGUCGCAUAAUGCAUUCACAUGAUUUCAAAGAGGCCAAUGAAUUUAGAGGACAAAAGAUUUUGAUUAUAGGAUCAACCUUUUCCGCUGAAGAUGUCGCAAUCCACUGUCUGAAAUUUGGAGCAACGCAUAUUAUCAUAUCUUUCAGAAUUAAACCUACUGGUCUUAAAUGGUUGCCAGGUAUCGAAGAACGUCAAUUGGUGAAGAUCUUCGAAAAGAAACAGGCGUUUUUCAAAGAUGAUACACAAGCAGAAGUUGAUGUACUGGCUACAAAAGUUGUUUUCCGUUCUUAG